GGAGCCACAGAUUAUUCAUUAAGUGAUCGACGUGUCUACCCGCACUUUUUCAGGGCACUUCAGAAUGAACGCGUCCAUUUCUUAAUAAUAUCCGACCUUCUGAAACACUUUGGCUGGACCUGGGUUGGAAUAUUUACAUCGGAUGAUGACGGUGGAAAUCAACAGAGUCUUAUUUUAACCAAAUAUCUCAAUGAUCAGGGUAUUUGUGUUGCCUACACAAUACAUAGCAACAAGGGCAUCAAAAACGAUUUACAUCACAUCAGUGAAAUUGUUAGAAAAUCUUCUGCUCAAGUUAUUGUGAUUUGUGGCGCCUUAACAUAUGCUUCUAUUAGCACACUGCUUGUCUUAAAAGAUGUUUUUCACAGUAAGACACUAAUUCUUCCCCCUUCCUGGGCUUCAAAGGAAGAAGUGUUUCUGGCUAAUAUCGGCACAUUUAAUGGCAGUUUGGGUAUUGAACACUCUCCUAUAUUGUUUCUUGGAACCAAAAAUUAUUUCGAAGAUAUCAAACCCUCCAAAUUCCCAAACGAUGGACUACUUGCAGAUAUUUAUUCCCUAUAUUUCAAAUGUUUGUCUUUAAGUUCAUUGAAAAAUAAAAUAUUAAGUUUUUUUUACAGAAUAUCUUUACAGAACUGUACUGAGAAAAAAACAUUGGGUAAACUUAGAAUGGAUUUAUUUACCGGUGUUUCUCCACGAGUGCAUUUUGCGGUAAAUCUUAUGGCUCAUGCUGUGGAAAGCAUGAAUUUAAAUUUGAAUACGGCGCCUUAUAAAAGAGAAAAAAGAACAAAUUUCAAACACCAGAUACAUCAUUAUAUCAAGAAUACAGAUUAUGUACGGGGCUCGGACAAGCCAGUGCCUGUUUUUGAUCAAAAUGAUUCCCCGAUCUCAAUGCUCAAAUAAUUGUUUACCUGGUCAGCGGAAAGUCCAGCUAUUUGGAAUACACUCCUGCUGCUACGACUGUGUUUAUUGUUCAGAAGGAGAAAUAUCAAAUGUUACUGACAGUGACAAUUGUUUAAAAUGCCCAGUAGAUGAAUGGCCAAAUGAGAAAAAGGAUCGAUGUAUUCCCAAAGUGGUGGAAUUUCUAUCCUAUACAGAUGAUACCUUGACUGCAAUAAUGGCAUCUGUCUCAGUUCUCUUUUGCUUAAUUACUCUGGCAGUACUGAGAUUGUUUAUUUUACACUGGGAUAACUAUAUUGUUAAAGCUAAUAACAGGAACCUCAGCUUCAUCCUCCUUGUUUCCAUAAUGCUGAGCUUCCUCUGUGUGUUUCUGUUCCUUGGACGGCCAGUGGAUAUAACCUGCAUACUCCGUCAAACCUCCUUUGGAAUCAUCUUCUCCGUAGCUGUGUCUUCUGUGUUGGCCAAGACUAUCAUGGUCUGUAUUGCUUUUAAAGCCACCCGACCUGGCAGCAAGUGGAAUAAAUGUAUCGGAGUCAAACUGCCAAUUUCUAUAGUCGUGUUCUGCUCAUUUAUUCAAGUUCUAAUUAAUAUAAUUUGGUUGAUUAUUUCACCUCCCUUUCAGGAGCAGGACAUGCACUCUUAUCAGGGAAAGAUCAUCAUUCAGUGUAACGAAGGCUCAGUUACUGCCUUUUACUCUGUCCUGGGCUAUUUGGGGAUCCUGGCGGCUAUGAGUUUUAUUAUAGCUUUUUUAGCCAGGUCAUUACCUGACAGUUUUAAUGAAGCCAAGUACAUCACCUUCAGCAUGCUGGUGUUCUGCAGUGCUUGGAUUGCAAUGAUCCCGGUGUAUCUGAGCACCAAAGGGAAAUACAUGGUGGCUGUGGAGAUCUUUGCCAUAUUAACCUCAAAUGCGGGACUUUUGAGCUGUAUAUUUUUCCCUAAAUGUUACAUAAUCCUUUUUAGGCCAGAAAUGAAUAGUAAGACAUGUAUGUUAAAGAUUACUGAUUAACAGUUUCCUGCCAACAUAUAUGCUGCUUCUGGAAUCCCAUGUUAUAAUUUUCUGAUUAAAAGAGCUAUUCUUGAAGACAUCAAUAUGAAUUGGAAAAAAUACACUAAAUGAAAUUAUACACAGACGCAUGCAUCAAUCUAAAUGUUUAUAGAUACCUUAUUGUAUAGAGACUAGAAUUACUUCACAGCAUUCAGCAUAAUUAAAGUAUUUUUUCUC